UGGUAAGAUGUGUAGCACUUAGGUUUGUGAUAAGAGCUGGCAGUUCAGACCACUAUAUGAUGUAGGCCAGUAAGGUUGAGACCAAUAGUCUCACUACUCACUGAAGAAAGCCUUAACAAAGUGGCCAAUUUCACAAAAUCAAACUUGUGUAUCAUCAUUCCUUGAGCUUUCUAGAAUAGAUCCCAUAGUCUGCUUUCUGAGGGACAAAUAAAAGCCGCAAGUUCCUCUUAUCUUGUUCGUACCACCAACUUUAACUUUGGCAUUUUAAUCCAUCCUUUUCUAUAAAAGGAGACGAUGAUAAAUCAUGCUAUAUAAUCAUAUUAUAUGUUUGGCUUUCCCACCGGAUUUACAUUUAUAUAAAGACGGAAAUCAAUCAUCGUAUACUGACAACAUGGAAAACCGCCGCCAGAAGAGCAGUUCCGGCGACAAAUUCUCCUUCCCGAUCAUGGGCAUGCCGGAAAAGGAACCCGAAGACGGAGAGUUUGAAUUCGGGUGCAUUUCCACCUCACCGGAAGCCUCUCCCAACUCGCCGGCCGACCGGCUCUUCUUCAACGGAAAGCUAAUGCCGCACAAUUUCCCAACGUCCCGACAACCAGCGGCGGUUACGGAUGGUUUCUCGUAUUCGCGAUCGACGAGCAGCGUCAGCAGCGGCAAGGAAUCGAUGAUGUCAUCCCGGAGCAACAGCGGCAGCAGCUCCGGCGGCAGCGCAAGAACCAGCGGCAGCGGCGAGUCGGCUUUUAAUAUUAAUAUCAGACGGUUAGCUAUUAUUAAUAUCAACAAUAGAAGUAAAUGGGCCCAUUCUUCCAGCAGGCCGCUUCCGAGUUCUAAGCCGCACCUCCUCCCGGCUUCUAAGAAAUCGCAGUUCAUGGCUGCUCCGGCCCAUGGGCCGGUUCAUCUCUGGAAUAAGCGGCCCGGAUCUCUCUCGCUGGGGAAAGGGCAUAAUAGUCAAGAAGUUAAAGUGAUGAAACAAGGUGAUCAGCAGCAAAGUGAUGGUGAAGGAAGAGGAUCUCCGCCGUGGUUUGGUCGAAGGGUUUUAAGGUCAAUUGUAUCCUCUUGCAAAGAAUGUCAUGCCAUUCCACCCACAACUAAGCAGGCCAAAGAUAUUGUUAUCUCAACAAUUUAGAAAAUGUGGCUAGUGGUUGAAAGGGCAAUACUGUAUUUUCUCAACUUUUCUGCAAGAUCUUAUCAUUAUUGGGACGAAACUUGAAAGAACAAAUGGUUGUAUUUGGACACAUGUAACACACUUCCGGGCAUGUAUGGAUCAAAUUUGGCACGAAUUAUAACAUGUUUUUGGCACGACUUUGUCUCAAGUAUUUGAUGACAAAUCAACAUUGACACAAAUUUGGUACCUACUCCAUGGGACUGUUUGUUUCUUGGGGAUUUCAAUCAAAACACUGCAAAAAACAGCGGAUUCCCUUUAUAAAUAAAUGACAUUUUGGCCUAAGUCGCUGAUAUCGGGGCCCCGUCAAAGAUCCAUGUCAAGUACAUGUCAUUCAUUGUUUUUGUAGUGAUGAGUGCACUACCUGUGUAACAAGCACAUCUUUAUUUGGGUGUGAUUUCACUUGUGACCGUUUUUGUUGAUUUUUUUGUAGUGAUUUCACAUGGUAUAUUUGCUGACCGUCUAACAAAAUCAUUUGUCCAUGUGGUUUAGGUUAAUGAUACUCGUAAUCCGUAAUAUUCAACUCUUCUUCAUGAUUAUUG